AUGACUGAUCUCAGCCAGGACAAGAAAACCAUAAAAUGCACCAAGUGCUCCGCUUCAUUUCAACCAAGCGAUGUUGUAUUUUUUUGCCCCAAUUGCAACAAGGGUCCAAUGUGCUCCGGAGGUACUCUGCUAGAGACAUCUGAGUUUUUAAGUUCCCAUGAUGACACCUUGCCUCACCAGUCAGAGGAACAAAUCUCUUUUGUAACAGAGAUGCCAAAAUCAGAGCUAAUAGAAUCUUAUAGAAAAAUGCUCACCCAGUCAACUCGCAGCAGUAGUGCAGAAAGCAAAGUUCCUCACACACGAAUAGAUGAUGGAGCUGCUAUUCAGCAAAUCUAUUAUUUCGGAAGAAAAUUAGGACAAGGCAGCUUUGGGGUGGUAAUUGAAGUAAAACACAAGGAAACCGGCAAAAAAUGGGCAAUCAAAAAAGUGAAUAGGGAAAAGGCUGGAAGCUCUGCUGUGAAGCUACUUGAACGGGAGGUGAGCAUCUUAAAAAGAGUGAACCAUGAGCAUAUAAUACAUUUAGAAGAGGUGUUUGAGACCCCUAAGCGGAUGUUCCUUGUGAUGGAGCUGUGCGAGGAUGGCGAACUUAAAGAAAUUCUUCACAGGAAAGGAUGCUUUACAGAGAACGAGACAAGGCACAUAAUUCAAAGCCUUGCAUCAGCAAUAGCGUAUCUUCACAAAAAAGAUAUUGUUCAUAGAGAUCUAAAACUGGAAAACAUUUUAGUUAAAAGCAGUGAAACUGAUGAAGAAAACGAAAUGAAAUUAAAUAUAAAGGUGACUGAUUUUGGUUUAGCUGUACAGAAAGCAGGUGGUAGCGAAAGCAUGUUUCAGUCUACAUGUGGGACUCCUACCUACAUGGCCCCAGAAGUUAUCAGUGCCCAUGACUAUAGCCAACAGUGUGACAUUUGGAGCAUAGGAGUCAUUAUGUACAUGCUAUUUUGUGGUGACCCACCCUUUAUAGCAAGCUCAGAAGAAAAACUUUUUGAACUAAUAAAGAAAGGAGAACUGCACUUUAUUAAUCCAAUCUGGCAAACAGUUAGUGAGGCUGCUAAACAUGUACUGCAGCUACUUCUGAGAGUAGAUCCUGCCCACCGAAUCACAGCUAAUGAAUUGCUUGAUAACCUGUGGAUAACAGGUGAAACACAUAUUGUCCAGAGACCAUUUAAUGUCCUAGAGCUGAUGAAGGAAUGGAAUAACAACCUGGACAUUGGUGAAGUUUGCAAUGUGGAAGAAGAACUGAAUAGUCCAUCUACUGCACUGAAUCAGGAAAACAUGAUUGAAGAGCAGGAAAGUCCUGUUAGCAGCAAUGGCAACUCAGAGGUUGGUACAGAAACAGAGAGUGGGAGCAGCAAACCCUGUACACCAACAAAACAGGUCAACAAGAAGAAAAAUAACUCAAGUGCUUUACCAAAUGGGACACUUAAAAAAAAGAGUAUAACCCCCAAGCCAUCCAUUGCUUCCUCUGCAGGUAGGUCAGUAUCUCCAGUGUCAAAUUCAAGGCGAAAUCAGGACAGUCAAGAAAGGAAGGGGGAGACAGAAAAGUCCUCUAUGUCUUCAAGCCAAGGAACGGGAAAUAAAAACAUACCAAAACCCGCUACCACACUUAGAACCAAAAAGAAAUCAUAG